AUUAUGAACCACCUUCCGCAAUCCUGGGGCAGAGCAAGUCAUACCCCGCGCGAUGAUGUCUACGGCACAUACAACUCCUCCUACCUCCCACAAUCGCACGGCGGCACCCAACAACCGAUCACGCACACGCAAUCGCCCAUCGUCACGGGAACCUCAGUCAUCGCCCUCAAGUUCAGCUCAGGCGUAGUCAUCGCCGCCGACAACCUCGCAUCAUACGGAUCGCUCGCCCGCUUCACCGAUGUCCACCGCCUCAAACCCUUCAACCGCAAGUCAGUGGUCGGAUUUGGCGGUGAUGUCAGCGACAUGCAAUACCUCGACCGCCUGCUCAACUCGUUGGACGUGGAGGAGAACUACUCGGUUGGUGCUGCGGCGGCGGAUAGCGAAGACGGCGAUGCUUUGAUGAGCGCAAAGAACCUCCACACAUACCUCGCCAAGGUCAUGUACAAGCGACGUACGGACUUCAACCCGCUAUGGAAUGCGCUGCUCGUGGCGGGUCUGGAUGAGAAGAAUAAGCCUUUCCUCGCGUCGGCCGAUUUGCUGGGAACAACAUUCAGCGCUCCUACUCUGGCGACAGGAUUCGGCGCCCAUCUCGCGCAGCCCAUCUUACGACGUGCGGUGCCGGACGAGGCGGCAGCUUCGAAGUUGAGCCGGGAGGAUGCCGUGGCCGCGGUGAAGGCUUGCAUGAAGGUGCUGUUCUACCGCGAUGCGCGGAGCAUGAACGAGUACAGCAUCGCGGUGAUCGACGAGAAGGGUGUAGAGCUGCACGAGAAUGAGAAGUUGGAGAACCAGAGCUGGGACUUCGCGGACAAGAUCAGAGGUUACGGCACACAGACAGCUUGA